GUUUUUAUCGCUAUAACUACAAAUCCUAACAAUCGAGAAAUCUUUAAGUUACUUUUUAAUCUCAAUUUAAAUAUAAUUCACAGUAAAUCGCUUCACACUUGGAUUUUUACUCCCCUUUUAAAUGCAUCAUCUCAUUUCAUUUAAUGCUGAUGUUUUUAUUUAAUUCAUCCACAAGUUUCCAAUCACAUUGAUUUCCAUUUCAAAUUAUUCGUUAAUUUUGAUCAAGUUUUUACUCAAUUUUCACCACAAUGCCUAGGAUUACAGAUGAAAUAAUUUCAAGUGAUGACUAUGAAGCUUCAAAAGGCGAUUCCCGAGAAGAUUCAAACGUUUCUGGAUUAUCAAUCUUCACUCGACGGGAUCAAGUUUUAUUCAUUUGUGCUCUGUGUUAUGCCAACUUUGCCGAAGCGGCAUGUUACUCACUUCAAGCGCCUUUCUUCCCAAGAGUCGCCGAAGAAAAAGGUGCUUCACCAGCUGUUUAUGGUUUCAUCUUUAGUAUCCUCGAAGUUACCAUUUUAUUUACCUCGCCAAUUUUUGGUAAAUUAGUCGCAUAUAUAUCAUGUAAUAUUUUGAUGCAAUUUGGUCUCGCUGUUUCUGGGCUGACAGUCAUUUUAUUUGGAUUUACUAUUUACUUGCCAAAUGGAAUAACUUUUAUCUCAGUCUGCUUCAUAAUCAGAAUUAUCGAUGGAAUCGGUGUUUCUGCCAACCUUACCUCAAGCUAUUCAGCCAUGGCUAAGCAGUUUCCUGAAAGAAUCGCACUAAUUUUUGGUCUGCUCGAAGUCGCCUUCUCUCUUGGAUCAACAUUAGGUCCAACUUUUGGAGGUUUACUCUACCAAAUUGGUGGAUAUCGAUUUCCAUUCUUGGUUCUUGGGCUCGUUCUUUUUUCAGCGACAUUCCUUAAUUACUAUUUUGCUCCAAAAAUAGAUACACCAGAAACACGACGUCCAGUUGCUAUAACCACCUUUUUGGCUGACUUUGAAACUUUGGUUGAUCUCAUAGGCAUUUGUGUUGCUUUCACGGAUUUGGGUUUAUUGAAUGUUAUAUUAGAGCCUCAUGUCCGACAAUUUAAUUUAGGUCCCAUUUAUUUGGGUCUAAUUUUUGUUACUCAAAGCGUUUCCUAUGCAAUUUCCAGUCCAAUAAUCGGAUGGAUCGUUGAUCGAGGAGUUUCUCCUAAAGUGAUGAAUCUUAUUUGCUGUCCAAUCACUUUGAUCGGUGCAUUAUUUGUUGGCCCAAUUCCAAUAAUUAACAUUGAACCUAAAGUUUGGACAAUCAUUCUCUCCCUGGUUUUCAUCGGAAUAGGCGAAGCUGGUCGAGCCUUGUGUGGUUUUGUCUCCAUUAAAAAAGAUACGAUAACUCGAAGAGGUUUCUUUGAAAGCAUUGAAACAUAUGGUCUUAUCACAAGUACAUUUCUGUCAUGUACUAGCGUUGGAUAUUCAAUUGGACCUUCAGUUGGAGGAGUGCUUCUUGGAGCAUACGACGCUCGAGUCACAACUUAUUUUAUGGUAGCAACAAACAUCGCCAUGGCAAUCCUGUUAAUUAUAAACCUGGUUUACCGAUAUUGUUCAAAAUCAAGUGAAAAGGAUGACACUUUAAGCUUAAUUAGGAAUCAAAUUACCUCCAAUGGUCAUUAACUUAAUUUUAUUUUUCACUUUAAAUUUGAUCAAAUUCAUAUCAACUAGUUACUAAAUUUUGUAAAAUACUUUUAACUGUUUUAUAUUUGAUAGAUGUUAAAUGUAUGUAAGACUUGUUAGAUUAAUUACUCUACAAUUUUCAUUGGCUUUUAAAUCUUUGAAUCAUCGAUGACCGAGAAUCAAGAUGGAUUUUAAAUGUCUCUGCUUCAUGGCCAAUUCUGAUGGAUGUAACCAUGAAAGUCACCUGUUUAUUUGCAUUUACAAAUAUCCAUAAUACAGGUUGCCAUACUAUCUUCAUGGAAUGGAAACGAGCAAGAGAUUCUCAUUGUCAUUAACUUUCUAAAUACAGAAGCUACUGAGUAAAUGUAAUAUAAAUUAUUUUACUUUUCA